CGACAUCCGGGACAAAGGUCGAGUCCCGAUAAGAUAAGAUUAGAUAGCGAAACUUUCCCUCACUCAACCCUCAGCAUACCUUAACAAUUUAACAUUUUCCAAUGUUGUCGCCCUUGGUCCUUCGCAACAUUUCACGUCAAUAACCCACCCCUUGAUAUGUCAUGGUUUGCCCGCGCAAUCCGAGGCAUCAUGGCGUCCGAACCGAAGAAAGUACCCAUUCCCCCUAACGGCGUCGACUACCGGGGUAAAGUCGUCCUUGCGCCUAUGGUCCGGUCGGGAGAGUUGCCCUCUCGGCUGUUAGCGCUUCACUACGGCGCAGAUUUGGUAUGGGGUCCCGAAACCGUAGACCGCUCCCUAAUCGGCACAACACGGCGCUUCAACCCGACCACACAAACCAUAGAAUGGACGCGCAAACCCUCACUAGGCGGCAACAACGGCAAAACCCCCCCCUCCGAAAUCAAAGACAGUAUAAUCUACCGCAUAUACCCAACCCGCGAAGGCCGUCGUCUAAUCUUCCAACUCGGCACCUCGAACCCCACACUCGCGGUCGAAGCCGCGCGCCUGGUCGCUGCGGAUGUAGUAGGCAUCGAUGUGAACGCGGGGUGUCCAAAGCCCUUCAGCACACACGAUGGGAUGGGCGCUGCGCUAUUACGAACACCUGAUAAGCUAUGUGCGAUCCUGGAGGCGCUGGUGCAGAAUAUAGUGCCUGAGUUUCAGAUUGGGAUUAGUGUUAAGAUUAGGAUUUUGGAAACGGCGCAGGAGACGGAGACGCUGGUGCGUCGCCUCGUGGCUACGGGGAUUACGGGGUUGACGGUGCAUUGCCGGACUACGCCUAUGCGGCCCAGGGAACGCGCGAUUAGAGGACAGUUGCGCAUGAUUGCGGAUAUAUGCCGCGAGGCCGGUGUAGCGUGUCUAAUGAACGGCGACGUGGAGAACCGGGAUCAGGCCAUGGAUUUGAUAAAAGAGUACAGCGUCGACGGAGCCAUGAUCGCGACGAAAGCCGAGAAGAAUUCAAGUUGUUUCCGGAGCGAAGCCGACGGAGGAAUAGCACCAUGGGCCGAGGUUGUGGAACGAUACAUACAAUGCGCACUGGACGUUGAGAACAAGUUCAGCAACACCAAGUACUUACUCUGCCAGAUGAUACCGGGAAAAGCACCGGCAUACCGCAACAUCAGCGCCUGCAAGGGUUACACCAGGAUGUGUGAGAUGCUUGGCUUCGAUCAUAUGCUCGAGCGAGCCCGUGAGGUCGAUAUAAGUCGUGAUCUCGAUCCAGAUUAUCCAGAGAAGAAGCCAAUCACGAAUGCUAAGAAGACCAACGACAGCGCGCUCGCUGCGGGUGGUAAUUUAGCAGAGUCGCGGUCAAAGUCGCACGCGAAGAAGGAAUUAUCGGAUCGAGGGGUCAGCACACAAGCUGAAGCCCAACCGGCCGAAGCUAUGGCGGUAUCAGCUUAGAUUAAAAGGGGCGGUGGGUUGCAUUGCGGGAGUCAGUGAAAGCAGCAUUUACGGGCGUUAAGCAGGUAUUUUUGUAUCUAUCCUCUUUGGAUUUGGAAGUAGAUGAGAGCAUUUACAUGGACAAUCACGGUUCACGCCAUGGAACUAUAAAUGGAUUUGGUAGCAUUGAAAACGGUCAGGAGCUAUACUCGAGGUAAAUAAUUAUCGCAAUGAUGCCUGCCUAUGAAUAAAUUCCCCAGCCAAUUCAUCUUUAGCAGAUCAUAUUCUUGCUGUUUGCGACCUGCGCUUCAAUGCUUUCUAGACCUUCUUUCCCUGCUUAAUGAGGUCGGAUACCUUAGGAGGUAGUACCAAGGCACUUCUAUCAUUGCGCUUGUAGAAAUCAACAAGGGAUAUCGCUGUCUUCUCGGGUAAAUCUUCGUGUAUGAAAUGUCCCGCUUCCGGGAAUACCUGUAGGGCAUAUUUCCCUGUUGUG